AUGGCAAGUUUGAAAGUGAGGCCAAAGAGGGUGGGAGCGUGUGCUGCUGGUUUUUUGGAGGUUGGCUGCUCGGGGCUGAUGGUAUUGAGGCGGAGUGGUCCUGUCACACAAAUUUACUAUUCAGACAAAUAUGACGAUGUGGAGUUCAAGUACCAGCAUGUCAUGUUGCCCAAGGACAUAGCCAAGCUGAUCCCUAAAACCCAUUUGAUGUCUGAAUCUGAAUGGAGGAAUCUCAGUGUUCAGCAGAAUCAGGGGUGGGUCCAUUAUAUGAUCCAUGAACCAGAGCCUCACAUCUUGCUGUUUUGGGGGCCAAUGCCCAAGAAGCCCAAAAAAUGA